GUCAGCGACCGAGUCGGCGCAUUCACGUACCUGGCCCGCGACGCCCAGUACCGCUGCAGACCACGGCCAAACAGUCGCUCCGGAGCAAUUGAGGUUUCGCAUACUCGAGAAUCUAACCUACAAUGGCUAGCCGGCUACAGGUACAGGAGGGGAGCCACCCGUCAUCUAGGCAGGUUCCUCGUCGGUUGGAAGUUACGCCGUACGACUUGCGCACCUCGCCAGGAACCGCUUCAUUGCAAUAGCAGGUACUGCGAAGACAGCGUAUGUCCAGUCGCUCGAUGCACAGACUGUCGUCAAUUACAAGGGAACAGACGAAGUUCCUCCGAUCGACGAGACCGUAGCGCCUGCCACGAGCAUUCGUUGACAUCCUCGAGAAUGGCACGUCCGGCUCGCUCGGCAACGUCCUCAAGCAUGCCAGCGGUGGCGGCACCAUCACAGCUGUCCUCUCAAGCGAGUAUGACGACGAUCUGAAGAAAGUCAAGCAGCCCUUGCUCUCUGGCGUCAGUGUCAGACUUGUGUCCAUUGUAGAGGCGUACGCGUGGCGCCGACAGUAUUGGGAAUAUGUAUUCGUCGCGAAGCUGAAUGGAUGGAUCGGCGAAGGCAAGUUCAAAGCGAACCGUGUGAGAGUUAUUCGCGGUCACCUCAAAGGCGUGCAAGAAGGUCGGGAGCUGCUUGCAGC